AUGGCUGAAGACCCGUCCAAGAUGGCGGAAUCCGCCACAACAGAAAAACGUAAGGCGUCGGCGCAUACUGCCGCCCCAGUUGACAAGAGAAGCUCGCGUGGGCCUCUAAAUUCGUUUGCUCUUGAACGUGCUUUCCUUAACAAAGAUAAAAAGCAGAAUAGUGGUUUCCAAGAUACCAAAACUGUUAAAAACAAUGCCACUCCCAAUCUGACAACUCAACGUAACAAGAGGAUAACAAAGGUCGAUUCUGACGGCUUUACGCAUCCGGCAAAAACUAACAAAGGUAAUCUACUAAAUACUUUGACAGACGCGUCACCUAUCACGACAAACAAGUUCGACCAGCUCUCGGUAGAUGGCGACACAGCCCAACUUGACAGCAUGGAAACGGAGUCCCAAAAUCCUCCGACUAAUUCAAAUGAUAAUAAUGCAGCCCAAUCUACAGCUGAAAAAAAUAAUACACAGGAGGUGAUUAAAGAAAAAUCUUAUAGACCGCCACCGAUAUUAAUUCCGGGAGAAGCAGUGAGUAAAACUGUCACCUCUAUUAGAAUAGCCAAUAUAGAGCAGGAUUCCUUUGUAGUCACCUUAUCAAAGGGACUACACUCGGUUCAAGUGUCUAAUCAAGUUUCUUAUGAAACAAUUAAAAAAACACCGAAAUCGGUCCUUUUAAAAGGAAUCAGUGAAGAUUUCUCACCAGCUCAAGUAGUUGAGAACCUAAAAAGUAAAAAUAUCCCAUCUGUUGAGAUUUUAAAAGUUUCCGAGCUUAAAUUUAAAGGUAAAGAUAAUAUUCCUGGUAGGCACCUCAUUGUCCAAAUUACCCAAAAAAUUACGAAUGUUGGCAGCAUUCAGUCAAAAAACAGGCAACUAGACAGAAGAAUUGAGGUUUUAAACAGGGGAAUAAAUCCUCAGCUGUCCUUUGCCAACGUAGCGACUACUAGUAGGGAGAAUUUUCCCCCACUUAGACAACGUCACUCUCAAGCUCUAACGAGCAUGCGAAUCAUGCUCUCUCAAAGCUACUCAAUCAUACGUACAGACCGCCCAAACUCAAAACAAGGUGGUGGUACUGCUAUUUUGAUCAGAAGAAAUAUUGGUCACCAAACUGUUAGAUAUUCUUUAUCAAUAAAUAAGGAAUUAUUAAAAUUCACAAUAAUUCAACUCUCGCCUGUACCACCGGCGACCAAUAAAAUUUUCCUUGUCAGUUGCUAUGCAACUAACUCGAAUGGAAAAAUUUUUAUCCAAGAGCUAAACGAUUUACUUCAAAAAUUAAAUGCUAAUAAACCUAAUCAUUAUUAUGUUUUAGCGGGUGACUUUAACGCUCGACGGACCGAUUGGGGUGACAGAGUGGACAACGAGAGAAGAAAAUAUCUCAGAAAAUGGGAACACGAAAUGACCACAAAGCGCUACUAUUCUCAACAAUUCUGCCGUGUAAUAACCGUGAAUAACCUUCAAGACAGUAUUCCUGAAGUCCAGAGGCGGAAUCUAAAGGCGAUCAAAUGGAAAAAAUUUGAAAAAAUUGCUGACACUGAAUUCAUUUUAGAUCUCCCAGUUGAUAGAAAUAUGUCUAUAGAUGAAGUAAAUAGUAGCAUCGCUGAGGUGACCAAAACUUUACUUAAAGCAAUGAAUAAAACUGCUCCAAAAUUUAAAAAAGAAGACAGUAUUUUCAAGUACCUCAACUCUAGAAUCAAACAGCUACAAAAAAAUAAAAACAAGGCUAUUAAUCUCCUACACAAAGCUUACAAAACUAACAGACCGGAUAAAAAAGAACUUAUUGAGAACUUAAAAUCUAAUAUCAAUAUAAUUAAUCUGUGGAAAGCUACUGGAAUGGUCAACUUAGACAAAUCAACCACAAGGACCCUACUGCAUUUUUUCCUAAAAUCAACAGGUUCCUUAGGAAAAAAAAAGCUUACACCAAUAGCUGCCCAACGGGUAAAAGUUACUGAUCCUGCCUGUCUGAAUGGAGCGAUUGACAUCAACUCUGCACACCUGGUUGGAGAAAAGCUUUUAAUAACUGAGCCAAUUGACAAAUUAAACGUCAUCGGGGAAUUUUACCAGUCCAUUAAUGCCCCCCGAUACCUUGCGGAAGGUGCAAAACUAAAAAUCAUCGUUGACAGAGAUGCUGAAUUAGUCAAAGACUCUCUCAUCACCAGACAUGCCGACGGCUCAACUCUUACUAAUUUCUCUAGUGUUAAUAGUGCCUUGAGCCCUUCGACAGAGACUGAAGAAGAAUGCCCCUUCACUAACUUAAACCAGUUGACUAACAUCCUCAAGAAACUGCCAAAUAAAACUUCAAGACUGCAACAGGGUACGGUUAAUUCACCGCUACUUUUCAACAUCUUCAUCAUGGCUCUACUUAAAUCGUUCGGACUUGACACUGAUGAUAAUUUAUUUGCUAUCGCAAAUGCCGAUGACCUGAUAAUUGGAGUGGCCGAGAAACAACCUUCGACCCUUAAAAAUCGCUUAGAACAUCUAGUCAAUGAAAUAAAUCGUUUUUACCGUGUCUGGAAUCUUAGAAUGAAUCCAGAUAAGUGUGAAACGAUAGUCUUUAGGAGGGAAUCAAACCAUCUUAGUAAAAAAGCCUUGACUGAGCUUAGAGAAUUCAAAAUCACCACUCUAUCGCCUAACAACAACGAAGAUGUUGAUAUUCCUCAUAAAAGCGUGGUUAAAUAUCUUGGUGUUCACAUUGAUCAUCUACUCAGACUUCGGUUCCAUCCGGAUAUUCAGUUAGCAAGAGCCAAAUCUGCAUUCAAAGCCAAUGGUCGGAUUUUUUACAAUAAAAAUCUCAGCAGAAAAACAAAGAUAAUUUGCUACUUACUUCUGAUCAGACCAAUCUUGACUUACGCUGCACCAGUGUGGUGGAACACGAGCGCAGCUGUAAUGGAGAACUACCGUGUCUUCGAGAGAAAAUGUCUUCGUGCAUGUAUUGGUGCCUAUAGAACCGCUGAAUCUGGCUACAAAAAAUUUAUCAGUAAUGCCACAAUAUACGACAUUGCUGAUAUACCCAGGAUAGAUAAUCACAUCAUCAAAUUAGUGAGAGAUUAUUUCAGCAAAAUUUUGCUGAUAGAUAAUGAGUCCGUCAAGAAGUUAGCAGUCUUCACUGACGAAGAUUUCUUGGAAAGAAAUCAAACUGGCUUGCUACCACCUCAAGCCUUUUUAACUCUUGACAAAAAUGGCCUCAUCCAAGAUGAAGACAACGUGCCGCUUAUCUUUCACUACAAGCGACACAAAGCGAAUAAGAAAAUAACCUUUGGGCCUGAUGACCGCAAAAUUAAGUGGUGUGACUUCGGUUUCUCAGUUGCACUCCCAACGAGAGACAAAAUGGAUUCACAUAGACUCUGUGACAAAUACUGGUGGCUCACCGAAGAAUCUAAGCAUCGCAAGGAACUUAGAAGACGUCUGCGUAUUUAUUUAACCCAGUAG